AUGGCCGAGUCCGAGGCAGCGUCCUCUGACCAGUGGCAGGAAGCAAUGCUGGAAGCCUGCAGCGCCGGUCGACUGGAUGAGCUACAGAUACUGUUCAAUGAGCACGGCAUCAAGCAUGGUAGCCCUGCCACACGAUACUACGAAAGAACACCAGAGAGUGCACCGACGACGAGCACCUUGUUCGCCGCAGCCAUUUCUCAUGGACACCAGCCGAUUGUUCGAUUCCGGUAUUCAGUCUACCCAGAAGUCGAAAUUGGCGACGGUGCAAUUCCCGGCGCGCUUCUGGAGCCGCCUCUGGAUCCUGAUAUGCUCAAACUGGUCUGUUCGCACACACCUGAAAUUGCCUUUUUGGAGUACGAAGACCAUAUGACGAGCUUAUUGAGGAAAGCUUGCGAAGGGGGUGCCGACAACGCGCCUUUCAUACACGUUCUCUUGGACCACGGAGCCUUGGACAAAAUGACUCUCAACUACACAUCCCGUAUGGGCGGACCGCUGACACGAGCUGUGGAAUGCGGCCAACCCAUCGACGUUAUCAGCAAGAUGGCCCGCGAUACCCCUCAUCUUGAUUUUCCUAUCAAAUCAGCGCUGUUCCACAGACGUGCCGAUGUCCUCGACGUACUAUUGAGCGAGAAGAGAACUAGAGGACGAUCUUCCUCCCUCCACCUACCAAGAGCGCGGUGGUGGCUCGAGGGAGAGAAGAACAAAGACAUGACCGAUGUGCUUGAACGCCAUAUCAAGAGCUGCGAACGGCAACUGGCCGAAUCUCCUCAGAGAGGCCUUCAAUCGACGAGGAAAGGCGACGCUAAACAGUGGUGGCCAUUCGGCGCCACGGGGACAGAGACAAAAGGCAAGACCAAGGACCAGAGCAGCCCAACAGCAGUUGAAAGCGACGGCCCUUCAAAAUCAUGGUGCCCGUUAUCGAAGAAAGGAAACAAACUCGAGUCUGCCGAUGCACAACACCAUGAGAAGAUGAAGCGGGUUGACUAUUCAAGUUCUGAUGAAGACACGGGAAAGGACGGUUAA